UUCACAACACGUCAAAUACAGUGGACAACCACCCCACCACAUUGUCAUUCGUCUCAUUUUCGAAUUCACUUUGCUAUGGUCAAGUUCCUCGCCCUCGCCGCCGUCGCCGCCUCCGCUGCCGCCCAAUACGAAAUCGUCAACGGGACGGAAACCCCCAUCGGCAAGUACACGUACGUGACGGGUCUUCGCUCGACCGAAACUGGCUCGUCCAGCUGCGGCGCGUCGUUGGUCGCCCCCAAGAUCCUCGUGGCUGCGGCGCAUUGCGUGGCGUCUUCGUGGGCCACGUUCGCGGCCGUGGGCACGCACUACUUGAAGGGCAACCAGGACGGUGAACGCAUCAAGAUCGUCAAGCGCACGCAGCACCCCAAGUACAACGCCAACACGUACGAGUACGACUUUGCCGUGCUCGAGUUGGAAACAGCGUCGACGUUCCCCGUGGUCAAGCUCAACUGGGACGACGACCAGUUCAACGCGCCGGGCGCGACCUCGUGGGUGCGCGGGUGGGGCACCACCAAGUCGGGCGGAUCGCAAUCCCCCGUGCUGCUCGAAGCGCCCGUGGUCAUCUGGUCCAACGCCGACUGCCAAAAGGCGCUCGGGUCGUACAACACGAUCCAACCCACGCACUUGUGCGCCGGCGGGGCCGACAAGGACACGUGCCAAGGUGACUCUGGCGGACCGUUGACCGUGACCAAGAACGGCGUCGAGUACUUGACCGGCGUGACCAGCUGGGGCAUUGGCUGCGCCAGCCCUGGCCUCCCGGGUGUGUACGGCCGCUUGUCGUUGGCCCGCAGCUUCAUCGAGCCCUACUUGCCCACCAACCCCACGCCCACGACCACCAAGCCGGCUUGCUAAGCGUUUUGUGUAACGACACAGUCCUGAAUGUUCGCUUGUAGAUGAAAACACACAGUAACGUUAAUAUGAUGGUGUUAUUGUACUCGGG